AUGGUGGUCAUGAAGAUGAAGUUCCCCUUUCAGAAACGGGUGAAGCUGGCCCAGGGACUGUGGCUCCUAUCCUGGUGUGCCACAGUCGCCGGGGCCACAACCUUCUCCCUGGGAUGCCUCUUAAAAACGGAGCUCCGCAGGAGAUCAGAGGUUAUGGAUAACUCAGACAUACAUAUCGUGCCCAACACCCUCAUGAUUGUUGGCCUGGCUUCCUUGGGCAUCAACUACUUUGCCUCAAAGAUCUGUCAGGACGCUUUGGACGCAGGGCGAUUCCCUCGCUGGAAGAACUUCCUGAAGCCCUACUUUGCCGUCUCAUGCUUCUUCACCGUCCUCAUGCUGCUGGCCGUAAUUAUGAGCUACGCUAUGAAGGGCAGCCUGGAGUCUUCCCUGAAAGCUGGUCUAAGGAAUGGUAUCCGCUUCUAUAAGGACACCGACACCCCGGGCCGCUGUUUCCAGAAGCAGAACAUUGACCGUCUGCAGAUGGAGUUCCAGUGCUGUGGAAACAACGACUUCAGGGAUUGGUUUGAGGUCCAGUGGAUCAGCAACCGCUACCUUGAUUUCAGCUCCAAGGAAGUGAAAGACCGAAUCAAGAGCAACGUAGACGGACGUUACCUGGUGGAUGGAGUCCCAUUCAGCUGCUGUAACCCCAGCUCUCCACGACCAUGCAUCCAAUAUCACCUGACCAACAACUCAGCGCACUACAACUAUGACUACCAAACAGAGGAGCUCAACAUCUAUCUUAGAGGCUGCAGAGAGGCCCUGGUCAACUACUACAUGGGCUUGAUGAACACUAUUGGGGUUGGAGUUUUGUCAGUCUUCCUACUGCAGGGCUCAGUGCUGGUGAGCCUUCGCUUCCUGCAGACCUCCAUGGAAGCAGUUGCAGGGGAGGAGAACACAGAGAUUGAAACGGAAGGGUACCUGCUUGAGAAGGGAGUGAAGGAAACCAUCAUGGAGUACCUCGACCCCGUGCUGACAUUCCUGUUGCUCAAAAACCAGGUUGAAGAAGGCACGACUGGAGAGACCCCCGCAACCACCUAA